AUGGCGCCUCCUGAGUACGAGUCAAAGAAGCAGCGAAAGCGCAGCGACUAUGGCUACCACCAAACACAUCAAACAAGAUGGUUCGAUAAUGACAUGUACGCGCAUCUAAAUAAUACAGUCUACACCGCUCUAUUCGACACGAUUGCCAAUUCUUACCUGAUAGAGCAAUGUGGAAUGAAUCCCUUCAGCGUGAACAACCCCACACCGAAGGACUCUACCGAAAAGCCCUCAGCAUCUGCAACAAAGCAGAUUGGACUAUUAGUCUCUGCACACGCGGACUUCUUUGCUUCAGUCGCGUUUCCAGAUAUCCUUGAUGUUGGGCUACGAGUUGCAAAACUGGGAAGUUCGAGCGUUACCUGGGAGGUUGGUGUAUUCCUCAAGGGUGAGGAUGAUGUCAAGAUGGUUGGGGUGUACACGCAUGUUUUCGUCUUGCGGGAGACUAUGCGUGUUGGCGCAGGUGGUAUGGAGGAUCGAGUACGGCGUGGAUUGGAGAAAUUACUUAGUGGACCGAAUGCGCAGUUGUGA